AGGGAAUAUGUCAAAGUAUGGAUAUUUUUACAUUUUCGAUUUGGGGUUUCGAUCGCAGAUGCAUCUGUUCACUCACUCACGUUUUUGAAGUGACGCAUUGUGUACUGUGCGUACAUCCGCACCUACAUUUGUAGCUGUAUAAACACGCGUAAAACUGUAAUGCAUUGUUCUUUUUGCUUGGGCUGGGUACUGAGCUUGACCAAGAUGGAUGCUUGACUCUUUUUUGAGCUUCCCAGCUACUUACAGUAGUAUUGUGUUUUAUUUUCUUCUACAGUGAUCUUUGAAGAAUAACUCUUCAAGUCGCGGAAAAUUUUUGUUGCCUUUUUGCCUUAUUAUCUCCUUCACCCAGUAAAAAAAAAAAAGACACCUUUCCUAUUUUAUCCUUCUUUUUCAAAACCAUGCAACGUCAAGCGUCGAGUUCAUUACCAGCCAACAAUGACUUUGUCAUCAAUGAGUCCGAGUCCGGAGUGGAAGCUUCUGCUUCUUCUGCAGGCGAAGAAGGUGACACAGCUGACGACACUGAGAGUUCAUCCAUUGUCAAACAAGCCGUACGAAGUGCUCGACGUACAUCGCAUACUCAUCUUAAACAUGAUAAUUCACCAUCCCUAAAACGAUCGCCUUCUUCGUCAUCUUCCACCACGACAUCGGAUCCUUAUUCAAGUGCAUUUAUGAGUGUCAAACGACAUGACGUCAAUGACCCUUCAGUAGCUCAAGUCAUGUCCAAGUUGUCCAAACACGAACGGGACUUGGCAGCCGCAGGCGCCGUUAAUGCGGCAGAACAGCGCCAGCCAAAACAACAACCGGAUCUGAGAAUCGCUACCAAAACAUCCAAAGCCUCCAGUUCACUUGGCAACGAUAUUCCCACUCCUUCUUCAGGUUACGACGGUGACACGGAAGGUCCAUUAGGUUUCAACCCUCCUCAAUAAAGUAUAUAGCAUGACCACCUCAGCUUUUUUUUUGGGUUUGAAUUAUGU